AUGAUGAUGAUGAAGAAUCGGAUUUCUGACUGCAGGUUUGUCACCCUGCCAGACGCAUCGAGAGGACCAACAGAAAACUUGGACGGCAUGGAGGACCUUCUGUUACCAAGCGGCGAGGAGGAGGCGCGCUCUGACCACAGCUCGUAUGUCCCAGGAGACACAGGGAGGAUGAUGGGGGACCAGGUGAAGACUUUCCUCCAUGCGACAGUGAAGGAGGACCUGAAGAGAGACGUGACGAACUUCCUGAAGAAGAACGGGCUGCUGACGCUGUCCGUCAUCGCCGUGAUCACCGGCUGCACGUUGGGCUUCAUGCUGAGAGGAACUCAUCUGUCCACACAGGCAAAAAUCUACUUCUCGUUUCCUGGCGAGCUGCUGAUGAGGAUGCUGAAGAUGCUCAUCCUUCCUCUCAUCACGUCCAGUUUGAUGUCCGGUCUGUCGUCCAUGGAGUCAAAGGCGUGCUGUCGGAUGGGCGUCCUGACGGUCACCUACUACCUGUGGACCACCUUCAUCGCCGUGGUGGUCGGCAUCAUCCUCGUCCUCAUCAUCAAGCCCGGCGUGGGGACGGAGGUGGAGAGUAACCGGCUGGGUGGAGGGCCUGUCAUGACCUCAGCCGACGCCCUGCUCGACCUCAUCAGGAACAUGGUUCCCUCCAAUCUGAUCGAGGCCACGUUCCAACAGUACAAGACAGACCUCGUUCCCAUCCUCAAAGUCCCGACCAAAACCAUUCAGUCCAACUUUGUCUACGUCAUCCCUGAUGACAGUGACCCUAAAGGUCGGACGGUGUACCUAGAGCUGACCCCCCCUCCGGAGAUCACAUACAAGACGAGUCCCGGCACCAGCCAACAGAUGAACGUCCUUGGCAUCGUCAUCUUCUCCGCCACCAUGGGUCUGUUGCUGGGCAGGAUGGGGGAGCGAGGAGCUCCACUGGUCAACGUCUGUCAGUGCAUCAACGAGUGCGUCAUGAAGAUCAUCAACGCUGCUGUGUGGUACUUCCCGUUUGGGAUCAUCUUCCUGGUGGCAGGAAAGAUCCUGGACAUGCAGGACCCGAGCACGCUGGGAAAGAAGCUGGGCUGGUACGGCAUCACGGUGCUCGCCGGCCUCUUCGUCCACGGGCUCAUCCUCCUCCCUCUCUUCUACUUCAUCCUCACCAAGAAGAACCCCUUCUCCUUCAUCCGAGGACUCCUGCAGGCCUUGGUGAUUGCUCUGGCUACCUCGUCCAGCUCUGCCACGUUGCCCAUCACCAUGAAGUGUUUGUUGGAAAACUGCAGCGUAGACCGACAGAUCGCCCGCUUUGUCCUCCCCGUGGGCGCCACUAUCAACAUGGACGGCACGGCGCUGUACGAGGCCGUGGCGGCCAUCUUUAUUGCUCAGGUUAAUGACUAUGAGCUGGACCUUGGCCAGCUGGUCACCAUCAGCAUCACAGCUACGGCCGCCAGCAUCGGGGCGGCGGGGAUUCCUCAGGCCGGUCUGGUUACCAUGGUGAUCGUACUGACAUCAGUGGGCUUGCCUCCAGAUGACAUCACACUUAUCGUGGCCAUCGACUGGAUCCUCGACAGGUUUCGGACUAUGAUCAACGUCCUGGGCGAUGCGCUGGCGGCAGGAAUUAUCGCCCACCUCUGUCGGAAAGAUUUCCCCCUCAGUGAGUCAGGAAAGCCCGUACCGUCCUACGGAACGCAAACUCCCCACAACAACUCCCACAGCGUCGACGUGCCAAUGACGGAGAUCCACACUCACAAAGACAGCAUGCUCGAGACAAUGAGUGAGAGGCACGCACACACCGUCUACUACAACAUCUGUCAGGUGUGAUCAGACCUCACCUCACAACAAAACACAGCUGAGUCCGGGCGAGUCCGGUCACACCUCACCGUGCCAUCAGAACAGGAGCGUUAAGACGAGACGGACUCUGUGGUAACGGAGCGUGAAUCUUCUUCUUAACAGGACGGAGCCUGAAUGCAGGGACUGUGGUUUAUUUGGCCAAAGGUGGAGUAGAGCUUCAUCUGGAGCUUUGUCCAUGAUUUUAAAGGAAAAUGUGUCUCUAGUUCAGAGAAUCAAAGGCUGUCUGAAAGGUACCAGCAGCUGGUAUCCAAUGACGGCUCAGUUCAUGUUUUUUCUUUUACAAUUACGAAUAUGAGACAUCGUAACCUUCGUCUGUGUUCGUGGGCUUUGGGCAGUGUCCGGAAAAACCAAAGUGAGUUUCCUUCCCCAAAGGAUUGGGAGCAGCUUAUACCAUGAAGAACAAAACUGUACAAACUACAAUGCUCCAAACAUCUGGAACAGCUGUGUGUAAGCCCACCUGGGAGGAGACCCCAGGAGACCCAGAACACACCGGAGUGUAUAUCAACAGACCUGGGCAUGUCUUGGGAUCGUCUAGGAGGACCUGCAAGAUGUCUGGACUACGGUGACGUGGACAUGAAGAGGCAGACAGAAGUUAGGUGGAUGGUUUUGUAAAAUAAACUUUUUAUAUUUGUCAUAGUUAGGCGACAGAAAAUGUGUUGGUUUGAUAUCAGUAACGAAACUCCUAUUCUUCAAGUGAUACCGAACCUCCGUAUCGGAAUAUACCCUAAACAAGCAGCCCUGAUCCUGUGUGUUUUAGGUGGAGACGUGGAUCAGUCCCUGGAUAAUUAGUUUUUCAGAGUCAGAUCUUUUCUGAUGAACUCGCAUUGAACUAAAUUUAAAAAACAUUCAGGUUUUGAAUCUUCUUCAUGCUGCUGUUCUGAACCUCAUCUCCGUCCUAUGUUGACAGUUUUUGUCUCUCAGGACAGUUUUUGUCUCUCAGGACAGUUUUUGUCUCUCAGGUGUCACCACUUUAACAAACCUUGGACUGAACUCUGUAUUUGAUUGGCCGGUGCUCAGACUGGUUGAAGGUUAAAGGGUAAUCCGUCCAAUCUGAUGGCUGAAUGAACCCAAGUGCUCUUCACCUCCAUCAAACUCAACCUUCUUCUUCUUGUGUCGUCUUUGUAUUGACAGCAUGCUGGCAUGCCUUCUUCCUGGCUUCAUUUGAAGUCCUCGUGCUUUAUUUUCCUCUUGUUGACUUGAAUGUUGUGAAGUAAACAAAGUGCUGUAGGGAUUUAUGGAACCUUACCGACGUCAGCUGCAGCUACAGACACUAGCCUGUUCAUCUCAUGCCUCUCAAACAGAUUCAGUUUUCUAAUGAUGUGUCGAUCAGUGUCACAGAACCGGAAAAACUUCUCACCUCAAUUUUGUUGAUUUCUUAAUUUUUUAAAGUUGUUCUCUCGAGUCUAAACUUUCUGAAUGUUUCCAAACCCAAAGAGGAGUCCAGCGUCUGUCAUGUGGCUGAAUGAAUAAAUUAUACAACAAAAAGAAUAAUUCACACAAUGUUGACAUGUUAAGAACAUAUGUUUCAGCAAUUUAAGAAUAAUUCAUGAAGUAUCCAUGAAGAUGGAUGGAUAGAGAUUGAACAAUUAGUCGAUUAUUGAUCAGUUAUUUAGAUCAAACAAAUGUCUGAUUCCAGCUUUUCAAAUGUGACAAUUUGCUGUUUUUCUUUGUCAUAUUUGACUGGAAAUAUAAUCUCUUAAAGACUGUUAGACGGACAAGACAAGGCAACUGAAUACAUACCAGAGAAACUGUGGCUGAUGGAUUGAAGGCGGGAUCAGUCAUGACGACCUUCAUGACAUCUCCAUUAAAAUCUUCAACAAACAGGCGAUUUUUAGUAUUUUAGUAUUUUAAGUUAAAUUCAUCAGAAAAAUGACAAAUAUGACAAACUACAGUGGAUUAAUGAGACUACAGUAACUUUGUACAACUUCACUUUAUGAGAGGAAUUCUCUGUAGUCUCUGAUAGCUCGUCCACAUUGCAAGCUAACGUUAUUUUGUUGCCGUUCACCUCAGAUUCAGUGAGCGAUCACGAGAACUUCCACAAAGACGGGUCGUUAUGGUUUUAAUAAUUAAGUUAACGUGGACGAUGCCGUCCUUUAAACUCACUUAAAAUAAAUCAAAGUGCUCCUUUAACUAGUCUGUGUCUAAGUAGUCGUUGUUUCUGUAGAGUUGAACAUGAAAACGUAGACCUGCCUUAAUUUCACGUCUGUCGUUUGAAUCAUAAACCUCAAAGUUCAUGUGCCAACGCACACGACAACCUGCAGCAUCUUCACUCAUCACCAAAGCAAACAUGUCUUCAUGUCAUUUAUUUGUAUGUGAAAAUAAACACUGUGUUCAUAUAUGUAUGUAUGUGUGUCACUGAGCAUGACAGGAGCUAAAGCCCUGAAUCCAUCAUGAGGGGCCAAGUUUGAACUCUUGGUAACUAUCUCAUUAACUCAUUAAAUCAAAUCAUCGUUCACAUAGAAACAUUGUGAGUGGUGCUAGAAGUUUAGUGACCACUGACGGGGGUAAAUAGCAGAAAGCUCAGCCGUCCGUUGGAACAUGACCACUCGUCAGUCACUGCUGCUGAAUUAAGUUAACUUGAUAAUUAGGAGAUAUUUGCAGCCUUGGAUCUUGUCUCAUAAACGUCUGGAACUAAUCCUUUUCUUCAGGGCAGUUUGCUGUCGAUGAUGAAUGUUGGUGUCACUGGGAGGAAGCUCACAUAUUGAAUAUUCUGAGGCCUUUAUGUAUUCAUUUGAAGUUCACAUUAACAGUUUGUUGUUUGAGGAGGUUACCGUGCAGCAGAGGGAACACAUGGAUCCUCAUGAGGACUCGUCACUGCAUCACAACACCGCUGCUGUUUUUAACAGAGAGCGGCGUGCUCAUUAAUCCAAUAAAGCGAGCGUGAGGCGGCACGCAGCCACAGGUGUCUCAGCUACUAAUCCUCCACCACAGAUUAAACUCACUAUGAAGACCUGAUGAGGGGGAGGAACGACAGGGAUGAACCAAUGUCUCAUUGUUCGCUGUAAUGAACCCUGCAGCCUCUAGAGGGCAGCAGCAGAUCUGUCCAUAGAAACUUUAUUAAUCCUGAUUCCGUCAGCAGCAUGAGACAGUAAACAUAGAAGAUUAAUUCAUUAAAUAAUUCAUAUGAAAUUAAACCUGUGCAAAUAGAAAACUAUAAAAACAUAAAGAGAAAAACUAUCAGCAAUUAAAUAAAAAAAUAAAAUAAAAUAAAAAUACACGACAGGAAAGAAUUAUUUCAUUUAAUUCUGUUAAAUUAAACUUCUCUGCUCAUGAUUGAUUUCUUUAGUAUGAAAUAAAGAAACAGACAAUGAUACAAAAAUACAUUUCCAUCAAUAAAUAACAGAUGGAAAUAAAACUUUUAACUUUUACAGUUAGUUGGUUUGUUUUUUUUCUGCUUUAGCCUCCAAAAACCAAAAGAGGAAGAAUGAAGAUUAAUAUCACACACAUCGUUCAUACAUCACCCACAUCGUUCAUACAUCACACACAUCGUUCAUACAUCACACACAUCGUUCAUACAUCACCCACAUCGUUC